UAAACAAGGCCCGGCGGGGAGAAGGUGUGUGUCGCUGGGUGGUACACCGGCUGGACGGCGACUUGCUGAAAAGGAACACCGAUUUGACAUGAGCAGGGUGCCCUGACAUGGACACAGAGAUGAUUCCCAAAUUUUCGUCAAAGGAUGAGGAGGUUGACUACUGGAAGUCCCAAGCCCUCAAAUAUAAGAAGAGUUGCCAUGAAGCCCAGGAGGAGCUGCAGGAGUUCCAAGAGGGCAGCCGAGAACUGGAGGCUGAGCUGGAGGCACAGCUUGGCCAGGCCGAACACCGGCUUCGAGACCUCCAAACUGAGAACGAGAGGCUGAAGAACGAGCUCUCUAACCUUAAGGAAAAGCUGGAGCAGCAGUAUGCCCAGAGUUAUAAGCAGAUUUCAGUGCUAGAGGAUGACUUGGGCCAGACACGCAGCAUCAAGGAGCAGCUACACAAAUAUGUCAGAGAGCUUGAACAGGCCAAUGACGACCUGGAGAGAGCCAAGAGGGCAACAAUAGUGUCUCUUGAAGACUUCGAAGGCCGUUUAAACCAAGCCAUUGAGAGAAAUGCCUUUCUGGAGAGUGAGCUGGAUGAGAAGGAGUCUCUCCUCGUGUCUGUACAGCGGCUGAAAGAUGAAGCACGAGAUCUGAGACAGGAGCUGGCAGUACGGGAGCGGACUACAGACAGGAUGUCAGCACCCAGCUCACCCACAUUAGACAUCGACAAAAUAGAUUCUGCAGUACAGGCGUCUUUAUCCCUUCCAGCAACACCUGUAGGAAAGAAUAUAGAGCACCCCUUUAUAAGCUCAAAAGCAUUGACCAACGGCUGUGGCAGCUCUUCCCUGACUCCUUCUGCUAGAAUCUCAGCUCUUAACAUAGUUGGUGACCUCCUGAGAAAAGUUGGGGCCUUGGAGUCAAAACUGGCUGCUUGUAGGAACUUUGCCAAGGACCAGGCAGCAAGAAAAAGUUACUCCACAGACAACAGCACACUCAUCAACAGCAAUGCCACCAAGUUCUCACACUCUCUACAUACCACUUACUUUGACAAAACCACUGUUAACGGAUUAGACCCCAGCUCCCUGACCUCCAUGGCAUCAUCCAGAGCUGUGUCUCCACCAGGCAUGCUGCCUUUGAGUGUGUGAGGCGUCCCCACCCCACACAAACCUCGAUUGAAACUCCUGUCCACACAGCGCAACGUGGGAACAGAAAUGACUGUGUGUGUGUCUGAGAAUGAGAGUUGGAAAGGAAGAGUGAAGUGUGUUUGACUGUUUGGGAAGAGUGCAUUUUCGAACUCGACGUGUGAAAGAGAGGCUUGACUAUACAAAGAAUUUGCCUCCAGUUUGCAGCUCUCAGUGCAUCUGUGAGUAGGUGCACAGUUGUUUGUGCAAAAUCUGCCUACCACAUACUUGCAUGUGCCUAAAGCUGUACUGUAUUAUGCUUGUAUGAAUGUCACUGCAAUGCGUUGCUCUCCAGAUGUCAACUGUGGUUCAUCUGAUAACUAUCCCUGACAAAAGGUCCCUAACAGACCACAGCUUCCUUUUUUUUUAACUUCUUUUUUCUUCUUGUAUGUUCACUUAAAUUGCACAGUUAAACUCAUUUCUAUUUAGAAUGUAUUAUAUUUAAAAAGGGACGUGUUCAUAUUUACUAAUUUAUCUCACAGUAUGCUUUAAAAUCCAAUUUUCCUAUUUGCUUUUUCUUUGCAUGUGUGCAUAUGUAAUAUGGGGUUGGAGAAGUAUGGGUAAACCUCAUAGUUACAAGAAUGACCGAAGUGAAUGUUGAUUGUUCAAAGCCAUGUAGCCGCAGUGCAGUCGUUCCUCUUGUUACUGGCUGAAAAACUCUUGGAAAUAUCAGCUGGUUCUCUCCUCUGGUUUAAACCUGCAGAUAAACAAACUGCUCCACACGGGUUUUUACUGCAGUCAGGUUUAUUCUUCUGUGGACAUCCACUGACUUUUUCAAGGGAACAGUUUUGCCUUUUUCCUUUUUUUAAUGUGUCAUGUAUAGAUUUUUUUUUGUAUCUUGUUGAAAGCUUAUUUACCUCAUUGUGAUAUGUUGGAAAUGACCCACUGUUGAAAAUUGAUAUGUGAAUUUGGCUCUAUAGAAUCCCCCAACCAUACAGUAAACUACUCAAAGCAAAACGGUUAAAAGUGACUCAAGGAUCCUUGUCGACACUGUCCAUUAGUUUUGCCAGAUAUAUCUGAAGUGAUGUCGCGUUGUGGCCUUAGUGCCAUGCAGCACAUUUGGUAUUUAUCUGCUUUUGUAUGAUGUUAAUUUGGUGUGACUCUGAUUUUUUUUAGCAGGUGUGAUAUUGACUCUGCAUUCAUUUUACUAAGAAUGAAUCCAUUUCCCCCCUAAUUUCCUUCAUCUUCACAUAUCUUUGUUACCAUCUUGACAGCUUGGAGUAUAAUUCAAAGGCUUCAUUGUUAUUUAAUAAUAUGCAAUGUCACUUUGAGCACUGUAGGAGCCUGUUACAAAAGUAUGUUCUACAGUCAGUGUAUAUAGGUUGUAUAGAUGGUAAUUUUGCCUACGACGUUGUACAUAUUGACAUUUGGCACUAAGGUCCUAUUUAUUUCAGAUUCUGUAUGGCAUGUGGUCAGAUAAUGAGUUUUACUAUUAUACAGUGGUUAAAGCCAUUGUACUAUGAUAUCAAACUGUUUGUCAGAAUUGUUUAAAUAAAGAUAGAGAUGAUGAA